AUGGAUCUACGACCGUUGUCGUUGGUUUUUAUUUGCGUUUUAAUUGAAAGAAGCCAAGGUUCCGCUUUGCAUGGAUCUUGCCUUACAAAUGAUGACUGUGGAACUAUAGAUACGUAUUGCAGGAAUCAGACAUGCGUUUGCAGGGAGAAUUUUUCUGUAUGGUAUGACAGCUGUGUACAAACGCCUUCGCCGCCUCUUCGAUGUUCCAAAAAGCACGAGUGCCACUCGAAGCUCGGUGCUCGCAGCAUGUGCACCAAAAAGGGCCUAUGCACCUGCAAGCCCUUCCACCACCUGCACCAAGGGCAAUGCGUGAAAAACCGGGAUCUCCACGACAAUUGCGAGCACGACCACCAGUGCUACUGCGGGGCCGAUUGCGAGGAUAAAAUAGCGUGCAUUCACAAAAGCUGUUCUUGCAAACCGGGGCACAAGCCGUACAGAAUCAGGAGAUGCAUUCAUGAUCCUGUUAUUGUUGAAGAAGCUAAUGUAACUGUUGUUUCAACCACGACCCGCGAGCAUCACUUCGAGCAGACUACUGCCCUUUACGCAGAACAAAAGUACAUUGAACAAUCGAUUGGUAAAACUGUUGAUAAGGAGGGUUUUGUUGAACCGUCUGUUCGACUUGCAUCCACGUCUAGUUCUAAUGUUCUCGUCUCAUUCGGGCGUUAUUUUAUUGUUCUUAUCGUGUUAGCUACGUUUAAAUUGUAA